GGGUCACACACAGGACCAAGCAGGAGCAGCAGGACCUCAGUCAGCAUUUUACCCUUUAUAACAAAUGGAGAAACAUGAAGAUGUUCAAUACUGUUUUCAAGACAGAAACUCUUCUUGCAGAAAGGCUUUGCUAUCGACAUCUAUCUAUAUAACACUGUACAUCUUCUUCUCAUUGAUUUCAGCAGUUACAGUAUUUUUGAACCUACUGGUGAUCAUCUCCAUCUCUCACUUCAAACAGCUCCACACUCCAACCAACCUGCUCAUCCUCUCUCUGGCUGUGGCAGAUCUCCUGGUGGGACUGAUUGUGAUACCAGUAACGACUGUAGCAAUAAUGGAAUCAUGCUGGGGAUUUGGGGAAUAUUUCUGUGUGUUUCAUUUAUAUAUGGCUUUUUUAUGUACUUCUUUAUCUCUGGGCAAUUUGGUCUUGAUAUCUAUUGACCGCUAUGUUGCUGUGUGUGAUCCCUUAUCGUACCACUCUAAAACAACAAUAACAAGAAUGACGUGUUGUAUAUCCAUUACCUGGUGUUGUAGUAUCAUAUACCGUGCUGCUAUUGUAAAACGCUUUGUAAAUGUACAGGUACCCAGUAGGUGUUUGGAUGAAUGUUUUAUUGUUGAAGGAAUAACCUGGGCUAAUAUCGUUGAAAUUUUAAUUACAAUGGUUGUCCCGUGUUCUAUUAUUAUAACACUUUAUUUGAAAAUCUUUGUGGUGGCCAGAUCACAGGCCAGAAAGGUAUUUUCAAAAGAGGCUGCCAGUGUGUGUGGUGUUAAAACUGCACAGGCAAAUAAGUCUGAGAAAAAAGCAGCAAAAACUCUUUCUAUUGUUGUUGUCAACUAUUUCAUUUGUUGGAUUCCAUCUCUAUUUGUUUUCUUUUUUUUGUCUUUUUUAAGUGACAAUUUAUCACUUUUCAUCCGUUUUCUUCCACUUGUUAAUUCCUUAAUUAAUCCAAUAAUUUAUGCUUUCUUUUAUCCAUGGUUCAAAGUGACAGCUAAACAUAUUAUAACUCUGAAGGUAUGGCAUUCAUAGUACUAUGUUUUUAUUCCUAAAUUUGACAAGCAUAGGAUUGAUAUAGUUAUGUUAUAGAAUUGUUGUAAUUUUCUUCUUUCAUGUAACAUUACACUGACACUACUUAUCUCAGUGUUGUCAUCAUAAAUACAUGUGGAGUUGAUACAAAAUCAUUUGUCUGGAUUGGAUUGGAAUGACUUGGAGAAGGUAUAAGCUUGUUUAAUAAAAUACAUUGUAGUAAUUUUGGGGUUGUAUUUUGCAAAUAUCAAAGCCUGUUGAUGUCCCAUGGUAUUUAAUGUGGACCACAGGAAGAUGAGCUGAUGCUUUUGCAGUGGAUAAUGGGGAUCCUAAUAAAUAUCAAAGCCUGUUGAUGUCCCAUGGUAUUUAAUGUGGACCACAGGAAGAUGAGCUGAUGCUUUUGCAGUGGAUAAUGGGGAUCCUAAUAAAUAUCAAAGCCUGUUGAUGUCCCAUGGUAUUUAAUGUGGACCACAGGAAGAUGAGCUGAUGCUUUUGCAGUGGAUAAUGGGGAUCCUAAUAAAUAUCAAAGCCUGUUGAUGUCCCAUGGUAUUUAAUGUGGACCACAGGAAGAUGAGCUGAUGCUUUUGCAGUGGAUAAUGGGGAUCCUAAUAAAUAUCAAAAUUAUAAAUAGUAUGUAAGUAUUCUAAAAGAUCAUUUCAAGAAUGUCAUGAGUCAUUCUAUGUAUUGUCUAACAUCUCCCUCUAGUGGUGUAAUUUGGACACAAUGCCUGCAACAAGCGCUGUAAAGUUGAAAGGUACAAUAUUGCAAGAUAUCAGAUAACGUCCAGGUCUAACUAAAGUGUAAGUACUUGAUGUUAAAAUGUAAGAAUAUGCAAUUAUUGGUAACACUUUAUAAUGUUGUUAUAAACCAUUUGUAAGACAUUUACAUUUUGAUCACCAUUUAUUAUUAGUUCCACAUUUGCUAAAUGUUACUCACCUGGGUAUUCUGACAUGUAUAAAUAACUAUAUGCAUUAAUGAUUAAACACAACAGUGCAGGAGACCACAGCAGACACUUCAACCUCAACAUACUGGUUAUGAACUCCGCCAUUACUCUCACUUACCAAUACUUCUCUGUGUUGUCAUCAUAGAAAGAUGUGUUGUUGAUACAAAAUGAUUAGGCUGGAUUGGAAUGGCUUGGAGAAGGCAUAAGAAGUCAUUUUGGGUUGUAUAUUCCAAAUACCAAAGUCUGUGGUUGUUCCGUGAUAUUUAAUGAUACAGUAAAUAGUAUGUAAUUAUUCUUAAAGUACAUUUUGAAGAAGUCAUGAAUCAUUCCGUAUAUUGUCUAACAUUACCCUCUAGUGGCUCAAUUGGGACUCAAUGCCAUUAGCAAGUGUAGUGGAUCUGAAAUGUUCAAUACUGCAUAUUCGAUGACAUCCAAGUCUAUCUCAAUUGUGUAUUUUGUAAGCAAUUGAUGGUAAAAUGCAAGAAUAUGCAGUUGUGUAACACUUUAUAAUGUUCAGUAAUAAACCAUUUGUAAGGCAUUUACAGUUUGCUCACUGUUUAUUAAGCCCACAUUUGUUAAAUGUUAAUCACCUAGGUAUGACAUUUUUAAAUUACUACUAUAUGCAUUAAUCAUUAAACACAACAGUGCAGGAGACCACAGUACAGUAGACACUUCAACCUCAAUAUACUGGUUAAGAACACGACCACUACUCUCACUACAUCACUGCUGCCAGGUCAGGGGUCACACCAGAGAAGCUUUC